AUGCUUUCUGCAGCGUCAAGGCCCCUUCGCGCCGCUGUGGCCCGCCGGCAAGGCGGAGCCAAGUUCGCUCGUUCCAUGAACUCAAAAGUCAGCGGCCCAGUCGUUGGUAUCGACUUGGGAACGACAAACUCUUGUGUUUCUGUCAUGGAAGGCAAGACGUCUCGCGUCAUUGAGAACUCGGAGGGUGCCCGCACAACACCCUCUGUCGUCGCCUUUGCCAAGCAUGGCGAGCGACUGGUUGGUCUCCCCGCGAAGCGACAAGCCGUUGUCAAUGCGACCAACACCGUCUUCGCAUUCAAGCGUCUUAUUGGGAGGCAGUUCACUGACAAGGAGGUCACCGACGACCGCAAACACUGGCCAUUUACCGUCGUCAGCAAGGGUGACGGCAGGCCAGCUGUUCAGGUCGAGUACGAUGGAGGGAAGAAAACUUUCUCAGCAGAGGAACUUUCUUCCAUGGUGUUAACCAAGAUGAAGGAAACGGCGGAGCAAUACCUGAACCAGAAAGUCAACCACGCUGUCAUCACGGUCCCGGCCUAUUUCAACGACGCUCAACGGCAAGCUACUAAGGAUGCUGGGCAAAUUGCUGGACUCAAUGUCCUUCGUGUCAUUAACGAACCCACGGCGGCCGCUCUCGCCUACGGACUGGACAAAGACAGCAAAGCUAAAAUCGUCGCUGUCUACGAUCUUGGUGGUGGAACUUUCGAUAUCUCCAUUCUCGAAAUGCACGAUGGCGUCUACGAAGUCAAGUCCACCAACGGUGACACCCAUCUUGGUGGUGAAGACUUCGACAUUCUCCUCGUUGACCACAUCCUCAAGGAAUUUAAAUCCGAGCACGGUAUCGAUCUCAAUGGCGAUCGAAUGGCCAUCCAGCGUAUCCGUGAAGCGGCAGAGAAGGCCAAGAUUGAGCUUUCGUCAACCGCCCAGACGGAAAUCAACUUGCCGUUUAUCACCGCCGACGCAACUGGUCCCAAGCAUAUCAACACGAAACUCCUCCGUUCGCAAUUCGAGGCCCUUACUUCUUCCCUCAUCCAACGCACUGUCGCUCCCUGCAAGAAGGCCUUGUCCGAUGCUGGCGUCAAGCCCAGCGAUGUCCACGAGGUUAUCCUUGUCGGUGGUAUGACCCGUAUGCCCCGUGUCACGGAGACGGUCAAGAGCGUUUUCGGUCGCGAGCCUAGCAAGGGUGUUAACCCUGACGAGGCUGUCGCUAUUGGCGCUAGUGUCCAAGGUGGUGUUUUGGCCGGCAACGUCACGGAUGUUCUGCUUUUGGAUGUUACGCCUCUUUCCCUCGGUAUCGAAACUCUCGGUGGUAUCAUGACCAAGCUCAUUACUCGCAACACGACCAUCCCUACCAAAAAGUCGCAGGUCUUCUCGACUGCCGCUGACGGUCAAACUGCUAUCGAGGUCAAGAUCUACCAGGGCGAGCGUGAACUCGUUGCGGACAACAAGCUCCUCGGUAACUUCAACCUGGUUGGCAUUCCUCCUGCUCCCAAAGGUGUCCCCCAAAUCGAAAUCACCUUCGACAUCGAUGCUGAUGGUAUUGUCAACGUGUCUGCCAAGGACAAGGCUACCGGAAAGGACCAGUCUAUGACCAUUGCCUCUUCUUCGGGUCUGAGCAAGGACGACAUCAACAAGAUGGUUUCUGACGCUGAGCAAUACGCCGAGUCGGACAAGGAACGCCGCGACCUCAUCGAAAUGUCCAACAAGGCCGAUUCCUUCUGCGCGGACACCGAGAAGUCGGUCAACGAGUUCAAGGACCAACUCGAUGCCGCUGAGAAGGAGAAGGUUACUAAACUCAUUGGCGAGCUCCGUGCUCUUGCGCUCCAAGCUCAAGCUGGCGACGGCUCUAUCACGCCCGAGGCCAUCAAGACCAAGAUGGACGAAACCCAGGUUGCCUCGCUCGGACUCUUCCAAAAGGUCUACGAGAAGAAGAACGCUGAGCAUGCCGCGUCAUCGGAAGCGCCCGCUGAGGAGAAGAAGGACGACGACAAGAAGGAUGAGAAGAAGGAGUAA